GCGGGAGAUUUAGGAGCAGAGGACCGAGUCUGUGGAGUCGUCCGAGAAAGUUUCUGGUGGUUUGUGAAAAUGCCUUGUGAGAGGAAGCCGAUGCGCUUCGACCACUCCGAGGGACACACCGAGGUCUGCUUCGAUGACUCCGGAAAGUUCAUUGUAACCUGCGGAAAUGAUGGAGAUGUUCGGAUUUUCGAGGGACUGGAUGACGAUGAUCCAAAGUUCAUAUCCGUCGGGGAAAAGGCGUACUCUCUCGCUCUCAAGAACGGCAAGCUGGUGACGGCAAGUUCGAGCAACACAGUGCAGAUCCACACGUUUCCUGACGGCGAUCCAGAUGGCAUCCUCACCCGGUUCACUACCAACGCCACACAUGUCGCCUUCAACAGCAUUGGCUCGAGAGUGGCUGCCGGAUCCAGCGACUUCAUGGUUAAAGUAGUGGAGGUGUCGGACAGCAGCCAACAAAAAACACUCCGGGGCCACGAAGCGCCUGUUCUCAGUGUCACAUUUGACCCCAAAGAUGACUUCCUGGCGUCUGCCAGCUGUGAUGGCGCCGUCAUCGUGUGGAAUAUUGAGGAGCAGACUCAGGUGAUCAGCUGGCCUCUGCUGCAGAAGACCAACGACGUCAGUAAUGCAAAGUCUCUGUGUCGGCUGGCCUGGCAGCCCGGGACUGGCAAGUUUCUGGCAGUUCCUGUGGAGACAAAGGUGCACCUGUACCAGCGAGGGUCCUGGGAUCAUGUGAGCACUCUGUCCGAUGAUCUGCUGUCACAGCCCAUCAACGUGGUGGCCUGGUCUCCAUGUGGGCGGUACCUGGCGGCGGGCAGUGUUGGGGGUUCACUGAUGGUGUGGGACGUGAACAGCAAGCUGUGUGUAGAAAGACAGAAGCAUGAGAAGGGCUUCACAGUGUGCGGUUUGGCCUGGCAUCCGUCAGGCACCCAGAUCGCCUACACGGACACAGAGGGCUGCCUGGGCCUGCUGGACGGACUCAGCACCUCCAACACCACCAAGGCACCAGAGCAAACUCCAGCAAAAGACUACGACGACCUGUUCGACGAUGACGAUGACAGACUCAUGGACGAAGGACUGAGUGACACCAACUCGCCAGUGAAGAAACCUGUCGCAGAGGAGGAUGACGACGAUGACGAUGAUUUCCUCGUGCCUGCAACGGGGCGGGUGAGGAACAGAGAGGCGAUCCUGGAUGAUGAGAACUCGCGAGACACAGGGUCGCUAAGGCUCGGUCAGGACAAGUUCGGGGACGAUGACGACUCGGGCAGCGUUGUCGUGCCGGCCGCCGCCCCGCUGCUGCCCUCUCGUCCUGUCUAUGACGGACCUCUGCCGACACCUCCCCAGAAGGCCUUUCAGCCUGGCUCCACCCCGGCACAUCUCACGCACCGCUUCAUGAUGUGGAACUCUGUGGGAAUCGUGCGAGGCUACAACGACGAGCAGGACAACGCCAUCGACGUGGAGUUUCACGACACGGCCGUGCACCACACCAUGCACCUCACCAACUCGCUCGAACACACCAUGGCCGAUCUUUCCCAGGAGGCCGUGCUGCUGGCCUGUCCCAGCACGGACGAGCUCGCCAGUAAGCUUCAGUGCCUCCACUUCUCAUCAUGGGACACUAACAAGGAGUGGAUGGUGGACCUGCCGAAGGGCGAGGACGUGAGAGCGCUGUGUCUGGGUCAGAGCUGGGCGGCGGUCGCCACCAGCACCCUGAUGCUCAGACUCUUCUCCAUCGGCGGCGUCCAGAGGGAAAUUUUCAGCCUGCCGGGUCCCGUGGUCUGCAUGGUCGGACACGGAGAGCAGCUGCUCAUCGUCUACCAUCGGGCUGCAGGGUUUGACGGCGAUCAGGCUCUGGGUGUCCAGCUGCUGCAGUUCGGGCGAAGGAAGAGGCAGCUCAUCAACGGCGAACCCCUCCCACUGUCUCACAAAUCCUACCUGUCCUGGCUCGGAUUCACUGCCGAGGGUACGCCGUGCUAUGUGGAUUCGGUGGGUGUGGUCCGGAUGCUGAACCGCUCCCUGGGCAACACAUGGACACCAGUGUGUAACACCAGAGAGACGUGCAACAGCAAAUCAGAUCACUACUGGGUGGUCGGAGUACAUGAGAACCCUCAGCAGCUCAGGUGUAUUCCAUGUAAAGGCUCCAGGUACCCUCCCACCCUGCCCAGACCUGCUGUGGCCAUCCUGCCCUUCAAGCUGCCUCUGUGUCAGACCACCACAGAGAAAGGACAGAUGGAGGAGCAGUUCUGGCGUUCGGUCCUCUUCCACAACCACUACAGCUUCCUGUCCUCCAGCGGCUACGAGAUUGACGAGCAUGGACAGAGUCAGUCCCAGAAGGAGCAGCAGGAGCUGCUCAUGAAGAUGUUUGCGUUGUCCUGUAAGCUGGAGAGAGAGUUUCGCUGCGUGGAGCUGGCGGAGCUCAUGACUCAGAACGUGGUGACUCUGGCCAUUCGAUACGCGUCCAGAUCCAGACGCAUGGCCCUCGCUCAGCGGCUCAAUGAGAUCGCUCUGGAGAAGGCCAACCAGAUCCAGGAGGAAGAGGAAGAGGAGCCAGAAUACUCCAGACAGACUGCUGGGUAUGACCGGAGCGAGGCCACUGGAGGACGUUACUGCAGCAGGCGUAAUCAGGAGGAGGAAGAGGAGCAAGAAGAAGAGCUCGGGGUGGUGGAGGAGGACGGACAGGAGAUGGAGUCAGAGGAGGCGGCAGAGACCAGAAAACGUGUGAAUCCGUUUGCUAAAGAUGCCGGUUCACCUGUGGAGCCGUCUCUGACACCAGUUGGUAAAGCUGGACGUGCAAAUCCUUUCAAGGUGCUCGGCUCUGGUAAGCCCUCGGCCUCGUCAGGUCAACCCCGAGUGACAAACAUCCUGGACAACAUGACGUCCAGCAGGAAGUUGGGUCCGCUCAGCGGAUCUGCAGGGAAACCGAACAAAGGCCCCGUCCUCAAACCGCUGGCCCCCAGACCCAAGACGAAGACUCAGUCCACUCUGCUGCAGAUGACUGGCAAAAAGGCAGCCAAUAAGAAGAGUCAGGAGAACACAGAGCCAGCUGCAGGUCAGCAGAAACGACCAGACGUCCCGCCUCCAACCUCACCUGCAGAUAACACUGAAAAUAAGAGGCCAAAGACGGGCUUCCAGCUGUGGCUGGAGGACAACAGGAAGAGUAUUCUAGCUGAUCUCCCAGACCUGGAGGAGACCGACAUCAUCAAAGAGGCCAUGGGACGCUUCAGGACGCUGUCAGCAGAGGAGCGAUUGUCGUGGACGGAAAGAGCGAAAGGACAGACCGGAGACGCAGCAGAUCUGAAGAAGAGGAAAAGAGCAGAAGAAGAAGAAGAAGAAGAAAGAGGAGGUGUGGAAAAUGAAAAUGGACAAGCAGAAGCAGAUGAAACUAGCGCCAAGAAGAAGAAAUCUUUGGAUCCCUCCUCCAAGCUUUCGGCCUUCGCUUUUAACAAGUUUUAAUAGUUUGCUGAUGGAGGUUUUUGGUCGGAUUAACGCGUGAAAGCUGUAAUGUGUUUCCUGUGUUGAUGAAUGCGUUCUCUGUUCUUUGAGGCACUUAAUCAGAGCAUUUAAAGCCCUUUAAACGCCUUUAAAGUGACUAUAACAUCUAUACAAACAUGCUGUUUUUUCACAAUAAAAUAAAUGUAAAUCUUAGUUCACAUUUUAGUCUUUUAUUCCCUCUCUGUGGCAUCGACUUUAUUCACAUAAAGCAGCCAAAAAGGGAGAAAAUGUUUCCUGACUUCUGUUAUCUGUCUGUGGAUCUCAGCUCCAAGACCAGUGGUUCUUACUGACAGCAUUAAAAAACAAAUAUAAAAUAUGUUGUUUCAAGUUUAAAUAAAGUAUUUCCUCCUGUUUCAAGCGUUACUGAAACAGUAGGGAAUCGUGCAUUUGUUGGGGACUAUUUUUACUGGCGGAUGAAUCCACAUUUGGUGCUAUAGUGAGUGUUUGUGGCUGCUGGACUGUGCGUGCGUUCAUGGUGAUGAAGAACAUGUCAGCCAGUAUAACAGUGAGGCUCAUUAUGUGUUUUUAAUGGCGCACAAUGGCUCAGAGGAUGAAGAUCCAUCUGGCUGUGAUACACACAACACUGUAUGUAUGUAUGUAUAUAAAAUACCCCCAGAUUUCACCUUUAAUAAGAUGUUAAAUAUUCUCACACUGUAAAAAACAUCAUCUCACCUGCUUCUGGACACAUUUCAGGAUGUUAAACUUUACACACAUCAGUGGUCAUGUAGAAGAAUAGAAUACAUCUUUAUU